AUGGGCAUAGAGGUGCGCCUUAUUCAAUUCACCCCUCCAGAUUUCGUUCCGGUUGGUGAUCUCGAUCUCUUCCUAGCAAAUGACGAAGGUUCUUCGUUUCCAGAUAUCGAUGGCAUCACUUUUGAAGAUUUCCAGUCCGCUCAAAAUGCUUUCAUAUCACCUGACCAGUUUGGUGACUUACUCUCGUAUCGUUCGGCAUCCUCACACACCCCCGAGGCAGAACUUCAGGCUCGCAGUAUGCCGCUUCAUCUCAACGAGCCGACGUUGAAUCCGCGAUUGCCUUUCACACAUCCAGCAACCUCAUAUCUCUGGCAGGAAUUCAUUCAAUCAAUUGCGCCUGGAAUAUGCAUUGAAGAUCAUGAACAUAACAACCAAGUCACCAAGUACUUCGCCUCAAACGCGGCAAGCUGGCCGUCCCUAUUCUCUGCCAUCAUCUUCCUAUCCUACUCCGUCAAAUCGAACUGGACAAUUCAACAUCCCUUGUUCGUCAACAUGACUGAAGUCACAACAGCAGCCGUUAGGAUGGAACAACAAGCUGUCUCGUACAUUGGCGAUGUCAUGUCCCGUGAAUCAGGUCAAUCGACAAGCAACGAGACGCAGUCAUCCCCCAAUAAUCCUACCCACCGUUUGACCACACUUUCAACCUUGAUAGCUUUGUGCUCGGCCUACAUUGCAGGGGAAAACAUAUCUAGUCUCCGAACGUGCCUGGGUCAUGCGAUGAGAAUUGCACGCGAGGGCUUCACAACAGACCUCGCUGCUGAUGAAUCAUUUCUCUUCCUGGUCAGGUGGCUUGGCUACAUUCACAUUGUGGCUUUGCUAGAUGAGACCGAUUACUCUAUUGAUGCUCCGAAUUAUUUUGGGAUCGCUGCAAAGCCGGAUCACGUUUCUCCCAACCGUGAACAGUUCUUCCAAGACGUGGACCCUUUUAUUGGCAUAUCGCACUCGGUUGGGGAUCUAUUGUAUCGCUUAGGCGGUGUUCUGCGUGAUCGCCGCAAUGCUUCCAUGACUGGCCAUCUAUCUGAAUCUUGGAGAUCAGACACGGACUCUGUGGAUGUAGAGACUCGCAUGCAGUUGCUUCUCCGACGACUGAAAAACCACAGAAAGAACGAAAAGAAGCCGCCCUCCCACCUUGAUAGUUACAAUGAGGCCUUGGUUUACUCCGGCCUGUUGCUCUUUCUGCUUUUCUCCAAGGAAGAGCCUUUUAAUCUCGGCCUGGUUCAAUCUACCAUCAAUCAUAUCUUGGAUUCCUGCGCAGCUGUCCCAGCAGAUGCGCCUGUGGCAAAACUUAUGCUUUUACCCUUGUUCACUGCGGGAUCUCGCACCACUCGACCGUUACAUCAUGAUUUCAUUCGGCGACGCCUGGAGGUGUUGAAAAGUGGACAAUGCAUUGUAAACGUUACGCGUACAAUGGAAUUACUCGAGGAACGAUGGCGCGAGCAAAAGAAGAGUGAUGAUAGCCAGCUUAUGUAUUCAUUCCUGAGCAUGCGGCAUUCACUCACGCCUGAUUUGGAGUUGCAAGAAGCAUCAGUCUGUGUACUAUUUUGA